AGCCGUGAGGGUGGGAUGACGUAUUGUGCCAUGUCUACUCCAGAUCACUUGCUGAACAUGUUAUUUUCGAGUGCCAUUGCAUUACUACACCGCCCUCCAAUACAUAGUCGCAUAACAGAUAGGAAGAAAUUAUUUUAUGUAGUUCCAGAGAUGUGCUUUGCCAUCUACAGACUCCCUCAGGACGAGUGCCUGAAGGCUUUCGGGAGAACUAUCAACAAAGUUGCGCUGACUGCUUAAGAACAUUGUCUACGUUACCGGUAGCUUCAAGAAGACAUGGAAAAUGUUUACGAUAAAGGUUCUACCCCACCGCUUAUGGAUGAUGAAAUACUUGGUUCGGCUCCCAAAUCCUGGAGAUAGCAGGGUGAUAUAGAUUCCCAUGAUAGUGAAAGUACAAAAGCGGGCAAAGAAAUAUAUUUAUACGAUAUAGUGAUUUCCCUCCAGCUUUGAGGCUUGAAAGGAAGAAGGCGACAGAUGGGUGGUGCCAAAUGGCUCCGGUGCCAGGGGACGUGUCAAGUAAGAUUGCAACAUGAAACUGACCAAGCCCUUUAGAACAGAAAGGAAAGCAUCAUGGGAAAUAAUGCAGUUUGUAUCGCCAGAAGUAGGAUGACGAUCAAAGGUUUCAUUAGAUCGUCAUGUUGGCGGUCAUGUCAGGGGUCAAGAGGGAAAGGCCCCCAUCCCCAUCAUCCCCACCAGGAGCCCACCACCCGUCAUCAACCCCUACCACCACUCCGCCCACGCCUCCGUCCCCCUCCCAACUAGCUCACGAAGCCCUCGAACCACUCAAUUUCUCUCGGCCCAAACCCCCAGUGUCUCCAGAUUUGCCACCACCCCCGACCAGCCUCCACGCCCGUUUGGGUCUUGAAAUGGCAAGGGCUGGAAUUGGGGCUGGUCCUGGCGGGCGCCUCGGUCUCCUGGGAGCACAUCACGGGCGACUAGGAGGCCUGGUUCCUCCGCUGCUUCCAGCGUCGUCCCUCUUUCCCCAUCUGAAUUUCGGCUUGCACGACGAGGGCGAAGACAGAGGGCUGAAGCGGCCUCUGGAGGAUGACUUCGAAGGGCCACACCACCAUCCGCUGGACUUGGCUUCCCUGGAAGGUCAUCACCGAGGGCCCAUUCGGCUGGAGCCGCCCCAUCUGGAAGAACCGAGGAGGAAACAGCGGCGUUACAGAACCACUUUCACGACCUAUCAGCUGGAGGAAAUGGAGAAGGUCUUCCUUAAGACUCAGUACCCGGAUGUGGUCACGAGGGAGGAGCUGGCUAUGAAGAUUGGUCUUACGGAAGCUAGAAUUCAAGUGUGGUUCCAAAACCGAAGGGCAAAAUGGAGAAAACAAGAAAAAGGACUGAACAGUUCCAGCGGCAGCCUGGCUGCCUCUUCCCAGUACUCGUCCUUAGCUAGUAAACUGGCGGCCUUCCCCGGAUACGGCCGCCCUCCAAAUGCCAAGCCUCAGAUGGACCAGAGGUAUCCUUCCCUCCUGUACUCCCACGCCGCCUCAUCCUCCUCCGUGUCCUCGACUCCCUCUCCGUCGCCGUCGCCAUCUUCUUCGACUUCGUCUGCAGCAGCUGCUGCCGCUGCCCAGUCCGUUUUCCAGCCGCUCCUGCCCCUCGUGCGAGAUCCCAGGUCAGCUGCCGCUUACAGGUAUCCACUAUUUGGACCUCUCAGCAGCCCACUUUUGUACCCACCAUCCUUCCACGCCCUUCUUGCGCAACUCUCUGCUCAUCAUAAGCCAGAGGGAUCCACAGAUGGACUCCACCAAAGGCCUGAAUCCCCCCGUGAUGGUUCCCACCAACCCAGUGAUUCUAACGGGAUGUCUAAAUCGGAAACUAAAGAAACUGAUUUCAACAGGAUUCCCAUACCAGGCUACAGGAAGUCACCCGAGGGAGAUCCUAGAGGAGAAAGUGAUGACGCCGAAGAAGUCCAGGAUAUGAGGAGCAAUGCCAGUGACGUUUCUCGUAGGAGCCCAGAGCAAGUUGCAAAACCUCCCCAGAUGGCAAGUCCUAAGCAAGACGAAACUUCUCACCCUCUGGAUAUCAAAUCCAUUGCGACGCUCAGGGCUCUCGAACAGUGCCGGACACUAGAUCUGCAGGCAUUGGAAGACUACAGGAAAGCCCUCGAAAUACGAACCCUUGAAGUCCGCGCUGCCCAGUUUUCAGCCCAGGCUCAUGCCGAGGCCUCUCAGUCUGGAAGGUCCACUCCCUCUCCAGGUCCAGCUCCCUCCACCAACACUCCACCAGAAUCUCCGGCCUUUAACGAGGAGGGCGCCUGUAACAAGCGCCCAGAGUAUAAUAUUGAUGCCUUACUUAAGAAAGAGGCAUGAAAUGCCAUUUCUUCCGGAUCUUAUAAACUACCUCUAAUGCCUCGCAACGAGGAAUAUGUUUGGUUUAACACUGGUAUACGUUAGAAUAAAAUUUAAGAAAAAAAAAACUAACCAUUUUUCAAAGCAGGGAAACGGGAAAGCAUUUCUCAGAAGAUACUUAAGUUACAGAAAAAAAAAUCUUAUAUCUUUGUGAAAGUAUAAACGUAGUCUUUUAUGCUAAGGGUAAGUGUUAGAGGUGAUACUCAGUAUUAUUUUUGUUGUAAUUAUUAACCAAAGGGAUUGUGUUGUAAUUUGUCAGUAUAACGUUUGCUGUGCCUUGGAAUAGGAACAAAUAUUUUUUGUUUAAUUAUUAUUACAAAUCAAACUUAGACUUUCGUGACCUCACUAUCCUCAUUCUUUACCUGCAGCACUUCGGGUUUUUUCUUAUUUAUAGGAAUAUUCUGAGGUUUCUUGCUUGUGAAAUGUAGCCUUAAAAGUUGAUUCGACUUCAAAGGCAACGUAACUCGCGACAAUUGAAGUAGAAAUCAUUUUUAGUUGUGCAUUUCCCAAUCCUCAUUAGUUGUAGUUCAGUCAUGGAUUAGUCCACAGUCUGUGAAAUACGUGUAGCUGCCUUAAGAUAAAAAAAGCUGUCAUCGGCAGUAAACAUUUGUUACAUAUAAAACUAAGAGAGCAGAUAUUUUAGCGGUAAAGAAAAUUUUAGAGCUUAAAGAACCGUUUGAGAGUGAUAGUAAACUACUUAAUCAGAAUUCGUAAGAGGCGUUUAAUUUUGCUGCAUGGUGAACUUUCCAGUGGAAAGGGAGCAGUUAGGUGAGCUUGUUAUGUUGAUAUUAUAGUUUUUAUUCUCUCUCCGAAAUAAUCCUCUGUUGUUAAUCGUAUGUGUGAGUGUGAGUGUAUACGUAUGUUAUCGUUUGGAUGCUCUACGUUAAGGUGAUACCAUUCUUUGUCCAAAGAUGAAGUUUUAGCAUCUGUUGACCAAAUAUGUAUGCUUUAAGUUUCUUGUUGAUAUUGUUGCAUCGAUUGAUAUAUUUAAUUAACCAUUACAUAAGUGUGCUUCCAGUAGUCAUAUUUUAUGGAUUGAUGUUGCCAACUGUUUGUUUGUUUGUUUUUUAACUAAGAGUAUUUUGUUUAUAUUUAUUCACACAGCUUAGUGUGGUUAAUUAAGAUUUCGUUUCCAACAACAUUAUAGUGUUGUUACGGACCGAUCUUCCUUUGGGUUACUUCAGAGUUAAAAAGUGAAGGACGAUAUUAAGUAUCCAGUGUUUUAUUAUGCUUUUAUGUUGUCAUGUUGACUCAGGUAAUGUCUCUGGAUUAACAGAAUUGACUUGAUACACUUGACAUUUCCAUGUGAAGUAUACAAAAUUUCAUCGUUUUUGUUUAAGAAGUGUAUGCUGGAAACCCUCGGAUUAGGUUUUUAGUUAACCUGAGUAUUGAAAUUAGUGUUUUGAUUUGUGUGACACUCAGAGAUCCACAAUAAGGGACUCUGAACUGGACCCUGACCACAUUUAACAUGGUCGCGUAUUUGGCAAAACUGUAAUUUAGUCAGUAAGGCAUAAAUGUAGACGUAGCGUAGAGUAGUGAGACAGCCCGAGAGAUGCAAGUAACCAGGUAUGUCUUUUCUUAUCAACUUGCAAUUAAGUUAUUACAGUUAAAUUGUUUUUAAAGGAAUGUAGAUUAAAGUCUUCUCACUGAAAAUGCCUAGUGCCGUAGGAGCGAUACUGUAAAUAUAACCUUAAUAAAGUAAUUAUUAAUUAUGAAAGAAAUUAUUGCCUACGUGAGUAGAGGCCUGGAAAUAUUAGCUGGGAGAGGUGCAAUUAUAGUGAUUAGUGACAGGUAGUUUUUAAAGCAAAUGAACUUUGUCCUGAUUUCUUUAUGUUGUCACGCUACUAAAUUUCUUUUGUUCUCCUCUCCUGACUCCUUCUUCAUUAUUCUCUGAAGUCGCUCACAAUUCCAGCCGUAAAGAUUUAACUCGAGCAUCUCCAUUUAAAAGACUAUGUCAUUUGAGAAUUUUAUUUUGAAUUCAAAUUUCCUCGAAAACAUUCAGGUCUCUUAUUUCAGGUAAAUUUUUUGCUCACAAAUACACUUACUGAACAACUCAAAAGAAAUCAGGGGUCUGAGACUUCCCUCUCAAGGAGGAAGACUCGGGUUGUGUCUUAGAAAACGUAGACAUAAAAGAUUUUGAAUACAAUAAAACCAUGAAUCUUCAAUAA